AGCUGCGGUGAUUGGUCAGCGGCCCUGUCACUCACCGUUGAUUGGAGAGCUCAGGUUAGGUAGCGCCGCGGCAGUUCCGCCUCCUUCAAACUGGCAGCCCGCUGGAGUUAGCAGCAGCAGCAGUACGGGCAAAUGUUACUUUGAAUAUCCACUCAUUGAAUGAAAGUCGGGGGCAGGCUGUGGCCAGUAACCGUAAACGCGCCACGGUUGUCUUGCGGUCGCCUGGCGACACCGCGCCAGCAGAGACACGGCUGAGCCCCCCCUGACGAGAAGAGGUUAGGGGACGGUGGUGGAAGGGGAAAAAAAGGAGCCGGGGGGAAGACUGCGCGGCGUGUGAAGCGAUGCAGCGGGUCACGGCGCAGCUCGUCGCCGGGCUGCUGGCGGCGGCGCUGCUGUCUCUGCUGGCCGAGCAGUGCUGGGCGGACGGCGGGGGCCCCAGCCUCGCAGAGCGGGUGAUCUGGGCUGUAAACGCCGGGGGAGACGCGCACGUAGACGUGCACGGCAUUCAUUACAAGAAGGACCCGCUGGAAGGGAAGAUCGGCAAAGCCUCUGAUUACGGGGUGCGUCUGCCAAUACUGCGCUCCAGCCCCGAGGACCAGAUUCUCUACCAGACGGAGCGUUAUAACGAAGACACGUUCGGGUACGACGUCCACAUCCUUGACGACGGAGACUAUAUACUAGUCAUGAAGUACGCAGAGGUUUACUUCGCGCAGUCGCAGCAAAAGGUGUUUGAUGUGCGCGUGAACGGCCACACGGUGGUGAAGGACCUGGACAUCUUUGACCGAGUGGGCCACAGCACCGCUCAUGACGAGAUAGUGCCCUUCUCUAUUAAAAAAGGCAAGCUAAGCGUGCAGGGAGAGGUGUCCACCUUCGACGGCAAGCUCACCGUGGAGUUUGUAAAAGGCUAUUAUGACAACCCCAAGGUCUGUGCGCUCUAUGUGAUGAAGGGGACUUUAGAAGAUGUGCCGAAGCUGCAGCCCCACCCCGGCCUCGAGAAGCACGAAGAAGACGAGGAGGAAGACGAGGAGAGCGAAGUGGGCGAGGAAGGCGGGAAGAAGAAGGUCCAGCCAGGGUCCAAAUACAGGGUCCAGUCGGGCCCCCGAACACCAAACCCCUAUGCAGCCGACAACAGCAGCCUAAUGUUCCCCAUCCUGGUGGCGUUUGGAGUCUUCAUCCCCACGCUGUUCUGCCUCUGCCGGCUGUGAGCUGCCACCAACAGAGAGGGAGACACCAGCAGGCAUGACCAGAACGCGGGAUAACGGAGAGGGAGGGAGGGAGGGGAGG